AUGCCUGAAGCUCCGUCUCGACCGACUCGCCCCAGGACGCUGACCAGACUUGUCACUAAUGCUGCCGUUUCCCUACAAAAGACCCUGAGUGGAGGGACCGCCGAAGAUGGCGACAUCGCAUGUUGGAACCCGGCUCUGGGGGACGGCCCUGAAGUUACCUCUCUUCCACCAGCUUCUCGUUUAUCGACGCAGGAUGGCAAACAGAUGGCUCUGGAGCUUCGGAAAAAGGGUGAGCUGGGAUGGAGGAAAUAUGUCAAGUACUUCACGCCGUCCUGGUUCACGGUGACCAUGGGCACUGGUGUCGUGGCGAGCCUCCUCAAUCAAUUCCCAUACAACGCAAGAUGGUUGUAUUGGCUCUCGGUCAUUGUGUUCUGCCUGAACAUUGGUCUCUUCGCCUUCUUCAUCUUCGUGUCCGUUCUCCAGCUCGUUCUGUUUCCCAGGGUCUGGAUCACUAUAGUCGAGCGACCCAAUCAGGCAUUCUUCCUGAGUAGUAUACCAGUGAGUCUCGGGACUAUCGUCAACAUGAUGGUGUUUGUGUGCGCUCCUUCGUGGGGCAGAUGGGUCAUUUACCUUUCAUGGGGGCUAUGGAUGGCCGAUGCAGCCAUCUCACUGCUGUGUGCCUUGUUCCUCCCCUUCCUGCUUGUGAUCAAACGACAGGAAGAGACUCCCCUGUCGACGUUCACCGCACUGCAGAUGUUCCCUGUCAUCGGGACUGUUGUCGCAUCCGCCACCGCGGCAUUGGUUGCAAAUGUCUUGCCCAACGACGAGCAAGCUUUGGCCACCGUCAUCAUCGGCUAUGUCCUUUGGGGCGUAGGCGUUCCUUCUGCAAUAUUUAUCCUCGUCAUCUAUUGGCAGCGUCUGACCAUCCACAAACUCCCGCCGCGCGAGGUCAUUGUUUCUUGUUUCAUCCCCUUGGGUCCUUUGAACAUGGGUGCGUUUGCAAUCAUGAAGCUCGGAAGCGUCGCGAUGAGAGUGUUCGCUUCGACCAAGACCAUCCACCCUCUGGCCGGAGAUCUGGCGUACAAUUUGGGAGUGCUUCUAUCUCUGGUCCUGUGGGGGUUCACCUUGCUGUGGCUUUUUCUUGCCGUUGCAACAAUAUACCAUUGCAAGCACUUCCCGUUCAAUAUGGGCUGGUGGGGGUUCACCUUUCCGAUCGGCACCUUUGCACUCUCGAGCAAUACACUCGCAAAAGAGAUACCCUCCAAGUUUUUCCGCGUCAUUGGAUCUAUAACCUCGGUUUGCGUAUUCCUGCUUUGGAUACUGGUCGUUUACGCCACCCUUCGAGAUCUCAUCACGGGCGGGCAGCGACUAUUCAAGACACCUACAAGAGCCGCCCCAAAUAUCGAUGAUAAAGCGCCCGACCAAUUCGACGACGCAGCCGAGACCAAACUUGUGUGA